AUGCUAGAGAAUUACUGGACUACAAGGGAAUGUGAUACGCCUUCAACCAGUGGUCCUGAUAUGCCUUCAACCAGUGGUCCUGAUAUGCCUUCAACCAGUGGUUGUGAUAUGCCUUCAACUAGUGGUUCUGAUAUGUCUUCAACCAGUGGUCCUGGUAUGCCUUCAAGCAGUGGUUGUGGUAUGCCUUCAACCAGUGGUCCUGGUAUGCCUGCAAGCAGUGGUCCUGAUAUGCCUUCAACCAGUGGUCCUGAUAUGUCUUCAACCAGUGGUCCUGGUAUGCCUUCAACCAGUGGUCCUGAUAUGCCUUCAACCAGUGGUCCUGAUAUGCCUUUAACCAGUGAUCCUGAUAUGCCUUCAACCAGUGUUCCUGAUAUGCCUUCAACCAGUGAACCUGAUAUGCCUUCAACCAGUGAACCUGAUAUGCCUUCAACCAGUGGUUAUGAUAUGCCUUUUACCACUUUUGGUUGUGAUAUGCCUUCAACCAGUGGUUGCAGUGGUUGCAGUCGGUGCUGUGGAUGCAGUGGGUGCAGUUCCGUCCAGUGCUCCACACAGGCUCUGGCACGGCAGUUCAUGGCUUCAAGGUCAUCUUGUGUGCAUGGCUCUGGCAGGAUUGGUCAGACUAGCAGGUGUUCCAUUAGAAGUCUUCAAAACUCCACCACUGCAUUAGGAAUCGUCGGUAACCACUUCUUAGGCGGCUGA